GAGGAAAGGAUUUUUAUUACUCUCAUUGUUCUCAGGCUUGUUGGAGUCCCUUGAAGCACUUUUAAACCUUAUUUUUGUGAGCAUGCGCAGAGCAAGGCUGCUUUCUGAACGCAUAGUUGAGUUUUCGUGAAAGAUUCAGCUCAUAGGGUCUUGUUGCUCGAGUGGGUGAGGUCCCUCAGGCGCAGUUCAUGAGAGUUUGGAGCUGUGAUUUGCAGUGAUCUAGUGUGAACUGGAGCGCUGCAGAGCUCCUCACAGUGGACAAUCAAUUACAAUGCAUAAAAUGCCUCCACUGUACGCGCAAUCCCGAGCAAGAGUCUUCGCCAACACUCUUCAGCGCUGGCGAAACACGCACUUUUAAAGGGAGUUUACCAUAACAGCAGAAAAGAUGCCCUUUUGCAAGAGGACCAUAGUCCCUAAAGAUGUGUGCAAGAGCGGCGGCAAGAGUCGCGGUGCGAUGUUCACGGAUCUGGUGGAUGUGUGCGGUUUGACUCUGUGCGCGGUGCUCCGGCAGCUGUCGGAUUUAUCCCGUCAGUCGGUGAGCAUCCUGGAGGAGCUGGAGGGAGAGCUCGCCUCCAUCUGCUACCGCUCCGGAGCUCUGGAGAAUAAACUUAUCAGCCUGCAGAAACACAUCUCAGCACUGGCCACCAAGCCGCCGGUCAAAACCGCCACCAACUUGGACUCGGAGAGCAAACGAACGGCCCACUUCCAAUCGUCAUGGCAACAGCAUGUGAAUGUGUUCGGCUCGUGGAGUAGGCCGGAGUGUGUGCAGGAACUGCACCAGGAGGCUCAGCUGAACCUACAGAGUCUGCUUCAAGAUUUUGAGGAGCAGUUGUAUGAUAACAGAGUGACAGGACAGACAUUCAGACACCCUUCCUCUCAAAGCUCGGAGGACACAUCAACCACUCUCAGCCGAUCCCCUUCCUCACUCAACAACAAGAAGACGGAAUUCGUCUUUGUGCCUGCAAAUAAGCAGGUGUGUGAGGAUGAGACUACAACUUUAGGGGUUCGGGCACAGGACCCGACCCCCUGCGGUUCAGAGAAGUCCCUUCUAGGCUGGAAUGCCUCACUGAGUCCACCUGUUGCAGAGAAACCUCGCUGGUACCUGGGCCGACAUACUCCCGCUCACCUUGUACCCAUUGAGAUCACAGGCCAGAGCUUUGAUAAGCACUCUGCACGGCACAGCGAACUGCGGGCCCCCUUUAGAACUGAUUCAGCGGUCAACCCAAAAACCAUUCGCCGCCCGAGGAGUGUGGUUGCAGGCCCUGAUGUCACGCUGCACUGCCAAGGUGACAGCAAAAUUCUUGCUGUUGAUCUAAUACAAGGUGCCUGUUCCCCUGGAUCCUCUCAACCCAGAUCUUUGGAGCCUACCACCGAAAACACGGGCCAGCUGCAUAUUCCCCUUCGGAAGACCCAGAGUGACUUGGAGUACAGUGUCCCCCCAUCCCCGAAGACCUCAUCAGGCAUGAUGGAUCAUGCCACUCUGAUGUGCCCAAGCCCCUCCUGGAAUGGCCCAAAAGGUUCCACUUUCUCUCCUUCCUGGAAUGACUCCUACAACUAUGCUUUGGUUACGAACUCUGCUUCCAAGCAGCCAAUAUCUAAAACUGGAAUGUUAACACCUGGAGGUGAAGGAGGUGGUCUAAUCUGUCCAUCCCAGACCAGUUCAGGCCUCUCCAUGAGCUCAGGGUCACAUUCCAGUUCUUUCACCUCCAUCUCGGAACCAUGUGGACACCGGGUGUACACAGUGUCCACACAGGGCAGUGGGGUUGCUAUAGGGAAACGGAAUGACACAGAGGGGGCAGCUUCCACUGCAGGCAUGGGUAAUACCAAAAGUGAGCAGGAGAAGAGAUCAGCCAGAUCCAAUAUAUUCAGGUUCCGUGAACGUUCACUUUCAACACCAACAGACUCUGGAUCCUUUUGCUCAGCAGAUAAUAUAUGUUCUCCAGGUGAGGCUGUCCCUGUCGUUCCAGAGGGUGAGAGUUAUGCCCUGCUGUAUCCGAGCAAUAGCUCGGAAGAUAGCAUGAGCACCGAUAAUGUUUCUGUGACCACAGGUUCAGACUUUCUUCCAGAUGGUCGACUGAGGACACGGUCACGUAGUAUCUCACUAAAGAAAUCUAAGAAAAAGCCACCACCUCCUGUACGUAGUGUAUCCUUGAUGAAAAACCUAUCAGAGGUUGGAGGAAUGGGCUCCUACCACAGUGAAGGGCACUUCAGGGAUGGCAGACCCAAGAGUCUCUUUAUCCCUCGAGAUCACCAUAUUCAAGAUUCAUUCCAGCCUGAGUUCCUAAUUGCCAAGCCUGAGGACGACACAGAUCAAGCCCACAGUAGUUUGGAGACAUCUUCUGAUAUCUCUCAGCCUGCUGACAGGGAAACAGAGCUUGGGUUUCCUCCUCAUUGGCAGCUCAAUGAGUGGAAGUCCAACAAUGAUCCCUACCGCUCACUGUCAGGUUCAAGCACAGCCACAGGUACCACAGUGAUAGAGUGCAUGAAGGUGCGGGGUAGCUCAGAAUCCCUGAAUUCACCCUCAACCUCACGAGCCACAUCUCCAUCUCAGCUCUCAAUUGAGGCUGAGACCAAGGUAUCCCCCUUCAAGCCCCCAUGUCUCAUGUCUCCAUCCAGUGGCUACUCAAGCCAGUCUGAAACUCCAACCCCAACUAUAUCAAACACCCUCAUCACUGGACCGUCUCCAGUUGGCUGCAAGAUGCGCCCAAAAAUUCCAGAACGUAAAUCUUCCCUCCCAGCUUCUGCAAAGGAUAAAUCACGCUCACGUCUUUCAUUUGAACUACCUGCAAACUCUCAACUGGAUUUGUCCUCUGUCAAACCCAAGCCUAAAGCCAGUCGACGCCAUUCUGACACAUCUACAGCCAACAAACCAGGUAAACUGAGCCCCAGUCAGUCUUCUCUGCCUGUGGUUACCACAACAGACUUGCGAAACAUCCGCCUUCGUUCAGUAAGCCGCUCAGAACUUGAGGACAGUCCUGAUGGCUCUUCUGACAUAAUAGAGGAAGAGCAAAUUCGAGAUCUCAGCCCUCCUAUCACCCCUUCUAACACAAAACAGUCAAAGCCACCAGUUGCAAUGAAGCCACCUCUACCUAAACGACCCAUGAAUUUGAUGCUUAAAUCUCCCUCAUCCUCCCCUCUGGCACCUGAAUCUCCUCCAUCUUCCCCUGUGGACCGACCCAUGCCUGUGGGUAACAUCUAUAUGGUUGUAAGAAAGCCCAAACCUAAAAGACCAGCUCAGUCAUCACUCAGCACAUCUGCAAUAGCCCCUCAAGAGCCAGUCCACAGAUAUGUACCUCCUCUCCCCGAGUUGGACCUGGAGCAUGGGAUUCCCAUUGAAGAAGAUCUUCCAUCCCCAAGUAGCCCAGAGAGAGAGGACAAAAGUAAGACCCUUCCAAGUAGAAUGACAAUAUCCUGUUUAGCAGAAUUAGACAAAAGAAAGUCCAAGGUACCUCCUCCAGUGCCGAAAAAACCCAAUGUCCUCCUUCUGCCCUCUCCAAGCACCCAGACCAAUGGCGGGGCAGAGAGGCAAACUCUACUUUCCGACAGCAUCUCCCAGUCACCUACAAGUCCAUCAGCAUCUGAGAUUGAGGGAGAUUUGCUUAAAGAUGAAGAUCAAGAUGAUCCUGCAAAGCAAAUUUUACAUGGAAACCAUAAAAAUUCUGAAAGUUAUGAGACAUUUGAAAAUCAGGAGAAUGAUGUCGUAGUUGAAGAGAGUAGUUCAAAAGAUUCAGGUUCUCAUCAAAUUACGGAAAGAGAGACACCUCCAGCAGAGACAGUAAAAGAAACUUAUGCAGAAACAGAAAUACUGGAAGAACACAACUCUGCAGUUGACAAGACCGAACUACACAUUACAGAGGAAACAGACGAUGAUGUAUUUGUCCACACACCCACAACUCAUACCACCGAGGACCUCUUCACCAUCAUACACAGGUCAAAGAGGAAAGUUCUAGGUCGAAAGGAACCAACAGAUUCUUUUGGAAGCAAGCAGUGUCUGGUCUCACCUGUGAAAAGCAGUAGCACAGACCUUCGAACUCUGGGCCUCGGGACCACUCCUAGGUCAAGCUCACGAAAUGAAAACUUUAUGGCUCUUCUCCAGAAGAGGAGCAGCAAAGCCAGCAGUGGGACCCGAGUUUCUGCCAUGGAGUUGCUGAAGAGCACAAACCCCUUGGCACGACGAGUCACUGAGUUCUCUCAGUCACAACCAGAUGGGAGUACAACGAACACACCAAAACCAGCUCAGCAGGACCAGUGAUUCCACUUGUAGAGAACCACAUGCUGGCUAUCAAUAUGGCUGGUUUUCCGUAUGCUCUACUGCCCAUCUAAACGGUUUAAUUUACAAAGACCUCAUGCUGAAGAAAAUGAAGUGGGUUUGAGUUGUUGCUUUCAGACAAGGGGAUCACACUGAUGAUGUAAGAUUAUUGUGGAGUAUUAAAGGAAUCAGUAUUAAAGGAAACUGAGCCCACCACUGAUACAAAAUUCUGGCGUAGAAAUCUGAUAUUUUGGAAAUAUGAAUGCGAUGAUGAAACUCUUGAAUGGAAACUGACAUCAAGAAAUAUUUUCAGAUUGCUCACUAUUUUGGGAGCCCAGCCUAUAUUUGUGGCCAAAGCCUGCUCUGCCCAUUUCAGUGAUGGACUAUAAAGUGUCUUAGAAAGUAGGAUAAUUGUGUUUUAAAAGACUGCACAAACUCGCACAGAGAGAGGAGUGUAUGACAUGAGUUGGAAACAUUCCACAGAGGUUUGGUACCCCUAAAAAUUGAAGCACUUUCACCAGUACAGGAACUAGUUUACAUGACAAAAAGCUAUAUUUGUUAUUUUCCAUUGUUUCUUUUUCGGUGUUAUUUUUUCAAAAGAUAUGAAAGGCCAUAUAAAUGUCUUGAGUUUAUUUAAUCUGUACAAAACUAUGUAUACGAUAUAUCUAUAUAUAUAUAUAUAUAUAUACACGAAAAUGUAACUGCUUGAUCAAAGACGCAAGGGACACAAAGUCUAUGUCCAUAUCUGUGACAAUUCUUGGGAAACUGCCUAUUAUUUUAUAAGCUCACAGCACACAAAGGUUUGAAGUGGUCAUGUUGAACCAUCAUCAUGCAAUACACCCUAAUGAUCUUCCCACACUGCCAGAAGUGUAAACAGGCAUCAUAUAGCUAUGAUUGUGCACAACAUACAAUAAAUCAAAAUUGACAUAGACAAAACUUAACUUAGAAAAGAAUAUUUGUGGACGGUACAAAAUGAGGGAAAAACACAGGAAGUGGGAGACAAAAGAGAGGACACUGGGCUACAGAAGAGGGGCCAGUAAGUGUUACCACAGAGUCAUUGGUUUGGUGCUGGCCGUACAUUGUGUCAAAUCUCUCAGGGGUUUCUUUGCAACCCAUGAAACCCAUAAAACCCAUAAUGGCUACUGGUCAAAGUGUAUAAUCUUUUCACAGAGAUUUCACUCGACAACUCACAAAAGUAUCAGGGAGGAGAUUUGCUAAGGCCUACGGACAGUAAAAGAUGACUGUAUUCAUAUGUCUCUCAUUCUUGCCUCCACUUUUUUUUUUUUCCCAGAAAAUCAUACAGCGCUAAAGACCAGAAUUCCACAUCAUAUCACAAGAUGGGAUCAUUUAAAUCCAAGUGCAAAGCUUCUCACUUUAUGUCCAUUUCAGACUAUGCAUCAAAGCUGAAUCAAACCUGCCCUUCCUUCUGCACUGGCAGUGAAUGCCUGUUAAUGUUAGGAAAGGGUGAGGCAAAGCUCAAUUGUUUUACAUUUAGAUAAAAUUUUUGACCAAAAAGAACAUAGUAGAAAAUAGUUUUUUAAUGGUUGCCCUCCAUGUAACUGCAAGACCGGAUUGUAGAUCGAUGUUUAAAUGCACAAAGACUUUGCAGACUUUGAUCAAAUGUGAUAAUUUACUCAAGAGCUCGAGUAGGUUAUCUGUGGUAACUGACCGUCAUCCUACAUUAAGGGAAUUUUGGAGACUACUGCAAACGUAAGAUCUACAACAGGCCGCCACAGAGGCUGAGACUUCAAGAGACUGCUUCUUCUUACCAUUCCAUAUGAAGCUCCCCUUCCUCAUGUGGCUGUUCUUCUGGCUCCCAAUCAGACAAUGGACAGAAACCUGGUGCUAUUGAGCCGGAGCGCCCUCAGCAGUCCAGGAGAGGAAGUGCUUGGCAAAAAUCUGUUCUAACUGUUCUAACUUCAUCUUCUCAGACUAGUCGUUCAGGUAUUCCGACAAUAUGAAAAGCAUAACAUGAAAAAAGAGACAGAAUACCACCACAUUAAAAUAGUGUGUGACACUUGUUUUAAAUAUUUAGUGAAUGAAAAAAAAAAAUCAGACAACCAGUGUUUAUUUGCCUUGUACUCUGGCGUGAAGCCUCUGUGUUUUUAAAUGCCUUGGUAUUGCACUUCCGUAGAAGUAUGCAGAGUUUCUUUUACUCUUUUUAGGAUUUACUACUAUGAUAUUUAUCACUCUUGUGUACUCUGUGCUUAACCCUAUCAAUGUCAACAGUACUCUCACAGGUACAAGCAGAAGAGAGAGGGAGGGACAGUGGGAGGAGGGGCAAAACAAAAUAGAGAACUCAAGAAAUGUACCUUAGUUGACUGUUCGAAGCCCUGUGCAUCACUAAUGUAAAUCCCAGAGAGGGGGAGACAAGUAUCCAUUGGAGAGACAUACUUUAUUAUAAUCACAUUAGUAGUGUUUGACAAACUGACAUGAAAAAGUGAGAAAUUCCGACUUGACUCGAGCCAUUUUCUGCUCAUCUCCUCUUUCCUCACAUAACCAAUAGGGAUUCAUUCUGAAUCCCAUUUCAGUAUACAGAAGAGAGUCAAAUGUGCCAACUAAGGGAGAAAAAAGGGAGUCCUAAGUUUGUUAACAACCAUCUGGUUGCUUUCAAGCGAAACCAACAACUUUUAAUCAAUUUUUGUAAUCGCAAGUUGACAACUCCCUGCAUCACACACUUAGUUUAGUAGUCUAGCACAAAGGCCCUUUGACAGAUUGCCAGAUUGAACGGGAAAAGCUUUAAAAAAAUUUCAGAUUGCCCUUGUUCAUUGGGAAUGAAAAAAAAAAAAGGCAGGAUAACAAUGAGAAUUAUAUUUUUGUUAUUUUUCCUUGGAAAGACAUUUUAAAAUUUGCAUAUUAUAGACCUCACCCUCCAGCAGAAACAAAGGUUGCUGUGAGAUCUCUAAUUAGCCACAGUAUGUCUUGCCUAUGUGGUAAAAGGUAUAUCAUUAAAAUAAAUUAUUUUUCUUGCAUAACAGUC